GUGUUUUAGUUCAGAUAAUAAAGCAGACGGAAACAGCACAGUGACUCCAAUGCUGAAACAUCUCAGGAUGAAGAUAAAGUCAACUGGUCCCAUUACAGUUGCUGAGUAUAUGCGGGAAGUCUUGACUAAUCCUCAUAAAGUAUGACUAGUGAUACUUCUAAAUUUGUAUGACACAAAGUGCUCUUUGGGAUUGAAGGCUCCACUUUAUAUUUUUCCAUCAAUUUCAAAGCUUUUUAAUUGUAAUAAACAAACUGGCCUUGUUUAAAAAUCCCGGACUCCUAUCCAAGUUGAUAUUUAGUUAUAAGGCAUAUCUGAAAAUAUCUGUGUGUGCCUUUUGGCCAAAAAACAGGUUGCUUACCUGUAACAGAUGAUCUGGUAGUGAUUCCACGACAUUCAUAAAAAUGAGUAAAAAUGGGUUCUGCGCCUGCGCAGACCUGCUUCGGGUAGCUAUAACUAGCUCCUCGUGACGCCUUCAACUGCCCGUGCGCGAGCGUGCAGUACCUCAAAUUGGCGGUUAGGCGUCUCCAUAUUCCGUUUCUAGCUGAUCGAUGAAGCCCCUAGUACCGAGGCCUAGUGUCCACUAGGAUGUCCCUAAAGUGUCCAACAGUGUAUUCCUGCUAAAGAGUGUCAACAUGUAGUAUGCAGCUUGCAGCGGGGCUGGAUGGGCGGGUUUUAUGAAUGUUGUGGAAUCACUACCAGAUCAUCUGUUACAGGUAAGCAGCCUGUUUAUCUGGAUAGUGAUUCCGACGACACUCAUAAAAAUGGGUGAGUAACGAGCUGCCAACCUAGGUGGCAGGCGCUACAUGCUACUGUAACACCCUUUUCAAAACUUCCCUGCCAAAUUUAGCCUCCGCUGCAGACCUCAGGUCUAAAGCAUAAUGUUUCACAAAUGUGUCUUCUGUUGCCCAAGAAGAAGCUGAGCAGACGUCUGACAUUCUUAGGCCUCCCAAAUGAGCAGCUGAAGUUGCGUAGGUUCUCGUCGACUGCGCCCUAAUAGACUGUGGGGCAGUCUUGCCCUGGUAGCUAUAUGCGUUUCUAAUGGCCAAUACCAGCCAGGCAGACAUCUAAUGGUGAGAAGGUUGCUUGCCCUUGUGGGGUCCUUUGAUUGCCAAGAAAAGGCAGCAAGUUUUCCGGAAGGGCUGUGUCCUUUUUAAGUAGAAGAGGAGAGCUCUUCUGACAUCUAAGGUAUGCAUUGGUUUUUUUAAUAGUGAUGUUGGAUUUCUAAAGAAAGUUGGUAGAACCACAUCACAGUUGACAUGGAAGUCCGACACAAUCUUAGGGCAGAAAUCCGGAUCUAAGCGCAUCACCACUUUCUCUGGAUGAAUUCUAGUAUAAGGCUCAUCUAUACGAAGAGCUCGGAGCUCACUCACCCGUUUUGCUGAGGUGAUGGCCACCAAAAACAGUGUUUUCAAAGUCACGAGUUUUAGGGUAGUGGUCGCCAUAGGUUCAAAUGGUUCCUGUGUCAUAGCAGAAAGUACAAGUGAUAGGCUCCACUUCUCAACUGGAUGCCUGACGGAGGGAUAUAAAUUAUUAAUUCCCUUCAUGAAGUCUUUAGUGUGUGGAUGUGUGAACACAGUUUUACCAUCCCAUCCUUGGUGGCGAGAGGAGAUGGCUGCCAGGUGAACCUUAAUCGAAACAUUUGCCAAUCCCUGCGACUUCAGAGAUGUGAGGUAUAGGAGGACCUCCCUUAAAGUGGCAUCCCUCGGUCGAAACCUCUUGGAUUUUGCGUAAGCAAUAAACCUUUUCCACUUCGCAUCAUAAUUCUUUCUAGUGGAUUCCUUCUUGUUGUUCACAAGAAUGUGUCUCAGAAGCCUACCCUCCACGCCGUCAGCUUGUGGGUGGAUAGGUUUGAGUGAAGGGUUGCUCCGCCAUCCUGACUUAUCUGAUCUGGCCAUUGAGGUAGUCUCUUGUAAUUGAGGCCUGCUAGAUUUCUUAGUCUCGGAAACCAGGGUUGCCGAAGCCACCAAGGGGCAAUGACUAUUGCCUUGGUCUUGUCCUGUAGCAAUUUGGCCACCACCCUGUUCAGGAGCGGGUAUGGUGGGUAUAAAUAGAAGACACUCUGAGUCCAUUGGAAUUGGAAAGCAUCUCCUUUGGAAUUCUUUCCCAAACCCAUCCUUGAACAGAACUGCACACUUUUUGUUGUCAGCUGUUGCAAAAAGAUCCACUGAUGGAGUGGUCCACGCUUGAAACAACUGGCUCACCUGAAGUGAGUUUAGUUCCCACUUGUGUUGAAACAAAGUCUUGUCCAUGCUCAAUGCAUCCACUGUAAUGUUGUCUUGGCCUCUUAUGUGGAUGGCCUGGAGGUGGAUCCUUCUGGCAAUGCACCAAUUCCAAAUCUGUAGACUUAGUUGGCAAAGUGACAUGGACACCGUGCCCCCUUGAUUGUUCACGUAUGCCACUGCCGUAGUGUUGUCCAUUUGUAACAAAACUGUAGCACCGUGCAACAUGUCUUGGAAGCCCUGCAGCGCCUUGAACGCUGCCAGAAGUUACAGAAAGUUUAUAUGAAGGAGUUGCUCUUGGCGACUCCAGUGUCCUGACUUUUGACGUCCAUGCAAGUGAGCCCCCCAUCCUUGCUGUGACGCAUCCAUGGUCAGCGUCAGUGUUGGACUUGGUAAAUGGAAGGGUACUCCUUGCAACAGAUUCGCAACCUUUGUCCACCACAGAAGAGACGUCAACACCCCUUCCGGGAUUAGCAGCUGCUUGUUCUGCGGGUCCAAAUGUGGGUUGAACAGCUGAAGAAACCACGUCUGAAGCUUCCGCAUGUGUAGUUUCGCAUAUCUGACCGUUGUAGUGCAGGAGGCCAUCAAGCCCAGCAACACCUGGAUGGAUCUGACCCCUUGCAGCGGCUCCAACCGAAAAUGAUGUACCAUAUUGUGGAUGCGUAGGUACCUGUCCAUUGGCAAAAAAGCCCUCUGUACCGUCAUGUCAAGUAUCGCACCGAUGUAAGGCAACUUCUUGGCUGACACAAGGUGUGACUUUUUCUGGUUGACCUGUAUUCCCAGCUGUUCUAGAAGCGUUGACACCGCUGACACAUGAGACAGGAGUUCUUCCCUUGUCUUUGCUGUCAGAAGCCAGUCGUCUAAAUAUGGAAAAAUAGAAAUUCCUUGAACCCUGAGAUAAGCUAUUAUCACUGCCAUACAUUUAGUAGAUUCUCUUGGUGCAGUUACUAGCCCAAAAGGCAGCACAUUAUAUUCAUAGACCUCAGAACCGGGUGUAAAAAGCAAGAACUUCCUGUGGUUUAUUUGUAUGCUGAUGUGAAAGUAAGCAUCCUUUAAAUCCAACGUUGCAAUCCAGCCCUCACCAUGAAGUAGAGGGAGGAUAGCUUGCAAAGUAAUCAUACGGAAUUUCUUCACAUCGACAUACAGGUUUAGCUCUCUGAGGUUCAUGAUAGGGCGUAUGCCUCCAUCCCUUUUAGGAAUUUGGAAGUAUCUGGAGUAGAACCCACAAUGGCACCGUGACCAUGGUACUGGUGAAAUUGCUCGCUUUUCUAGCAAGGAGCUGACCUCCUCUCUGAGAGUAUCAGUCUCUGGGGUAUACUUAACUCCUGUGAACUCUGGCACAGCAAUGAACUCAAUAGCAUAGCCUGUUUGAAUUAUGCGCAAGACCCAUCUGUCAGAUGUUAUGUUGCGCCAUGCAAAGGCAUGACUUGCCAGAUGGAUGGUAUUAUCGGCUAUGUGCAGGGCGAUGUUAGGCCCUGGCGUGUGCAAGGCGAUGUUGUGCCCUACAGGGACCGCUAGUCGGGUCUGUGGAUUCUGAGGGUCACCCAAGGGGGCUGCAGAUCUCAGCGUCCUUUGGGAUCACAGGUGUUACUUAGUUUGUGUGCCAGAUCUAUUUUUAUUUUGCUGAUCAUUUCUAUUCUUGUUAGCAUAGGCCUUCUUGUUGUAACGAUUCCAGGGCCUGCGGAAAUCUCUGCGUUCCCCACGCUGGUAGUUGUUUUGACGUCCGUAAUAAGGCUGGUACCUAUUCAAAUUGUUCCUUUGAGAUUGUGUCAUAAAGGUUCUUGCAUUGGUUUUUUACUUCCGCCACUGUUCCAUUGUCUCAUCAGUAGCCUCCGCGAAAAGGCCCUUGCCAUCAAAUGCCAGAGACUCUAUUCGAUCACGCAUGUCCUGCUGAAGGAAUGUGGAGCGGAGCCAAGCAUGAAAUUGCUUAGCAUUACAGCCGAGGUCAGAGUUCUCGACUCCGACUCAGCCAGGUGUUUCGCAUUGGCCAGCUGUUGGCACGUUGUAGUCGUCGUUUGCUGGAAAGUUGUUUCAAACUUCUGUUUAAAUUCCUCAGGGAUACUAUAUGCACCGAGACAUGCUAGGAGAAGGAGGAGAUUUUAUUACUUCACCUGAAAUAAGCCAGAUCUUUGGGGAGUUAAUAGGUAUUUGGUUUGUUAGUGAGUGGGUGGCUACUGGCAAACCAAAAAGAUUUCAACUGGUAGAAAUGGGCCCAGGAAGAGGUAGUCUUAUGAGCGAUAUUUUGCGGGUUUUUAAUCAGCUGAAGUCUUUACUUCGUAAAUGUGACAUUUCUGUGCACUUGGUGGAAGUCAGUCCCAAAUUAAGUGAGAUUCAAGCAUUAAAACUGGCAGAAGAAAAGAUAAAAAUAAUGGAUAGCUCCUCUGUUUAUAUGCAAGGUAUUACGAAGACUGGGCUUCCAAUUUUCUGGUAUCGAGACUUGAAUGAUGUACCCAUAGGCAACAGUUUUUAUUUAGCACAUGAAUUCCUCGAUGCUCUACCUAUACAUAAAUUUCAGAAAACAGAAAAGGGGUGGCGUGAAUUGUUGGUUGACAUUGAUCCAAAUUCUCCUGACAAGCUGCGGUUUGUCCUUGCACCAUCUGUCACUCCUGCUACAAAAGCCUUCAUACAGGAUAAAGAAUCUAGAGAUCAUGUGGAAGUGUGUCCUGAUGCUGGCAUCAUCAUUCAGAAGCUGAGCCAUAAUAUUGAAAAAAAUGGGGGAGCUGCAUUGAUUGUAGAUUAUGGCCAUGAUGGAACCAAAACGGAUACUUUCAGGGGAUUCCUUGGCCAUAAACUUCAUGAUGUGUUAAUAGCCCCAGGAACAGCAGACCUCACAGCAGACGUAGAUUUCAGUUACUUGCGAAGAGUGGUACAGGAAAGAGUUGCCACAUUGGGUCCCAUAAAGCAACAGGAAUUUUUGAAAAACAUGGGAAUUGAUGUCAGACUCCAGGUGCUAUUACAGAAUGUGAAUGAUGUAGUUACUCGCUCUCAGCUUCUUCGAAGUUAUGAAAUGCUGAUGGACAUGGAUAAAAUGGGAGGAUGCUUCAACUUUUUUGCUCUUCUGCCUCACUACAGAUUAGUGGCGGCCAGUGAACUAAUGAAGCCAAAUCGCUCAAUGUCACUUCCAGCACCUGUUGCUGGCUUUGGUGAACUUGUUUGGAAGUGAAAUCCAUAUUUGAAUACUUUUCUCAUGACAGAAUGGUGUAGGCUUUCCGUAAAUAAUUAUGAGAACAGACUCUGUAUUACAAUCUUUAUAUAGAAAUGAACUAGUUAUUCCAUCAGUACCCCAAAAUUCAGUAUCAUGGAACCUGUAUCCAGAAUGAAAUAAUGUUAAGGGAGAGAAAAAAUUCACUCUGGCUGAAAAUAUACCUUGACUUCAUGUAAUAUUACACUGUACUUAAUUUUUAAUACAACUGAGAUUUUUUGUUCCUA